ACCCCUGACAGUCAGGUAGAAACGUGGUUAACGCAGCUGAGGCCGAGUCUUUACAUCCAGGAGCGGAUGGACGAGUUCACAUCAGGUUCAACUUUCCAGAUGACAGACAAUCAUCCCUGCGGAAAUAGUUUCUGUGUGCUGUGCACAAAAGUCAUCACUGAUCCUACCACACUUCCGUGUAGUCACUCGUUCUGUAAGCCCUGCCUGCUGAAGUACACCGCAUCACUGCCUGAAACAGUAGAACCUCCGCACACAUCAUGUCCUAUAUGUGGACAAGUGAAGAACGUGACUUUCCCAGACAGACCAAUGGAAGAGUGGGUCAGCCAGAUGAAGUCAAGCCUUUCGAUAAAGGAACUGGAGGGCGACUGUCCAUCAGGUUCUUUUGGAAAUAUAUCAGAAGAUGAAGAGUUGCAAGCCUCAGACCUCCCUUCAGAGAGCUAUGAUAGAAGUAAUGGGCAAAACAACGCAUCCCCGAUUUCACAAGCUGCUGUUGUACAAAACAUCCUUCAGGGCAACAUAGACUUGUCUGUUUCAACAUCAGACCCAGCUCAUGCUCUAAUGUGUAGAAAACACAGAAACAAUCAGGUCAAACGUUACUGCAAAGAUAAACUAACAUGCGUAUCUCAACAUAUAUUAAAUAAGAUGAAGACUACCCAGGAUAAUAUUGCAAUGGCGAAGGAACAUAUCCGCAACAUAACCAAUAACGCCGAGAAGGUCAAAGAGCAAAUCCAACGCACCAUGAAGUUUUCCGUCAAAAGGAUGGUCCAAGAUGUGCAUUCAUUUUCUGAGGAGCAAAUAAAAGAUUUAUACGCUUACAUUCGGUCUGAGGAGAUGAGACUGAGCCAGUACGGUCAGCAGUACAAGUACAUCAAACAUGCUGUGACGGCUUACUCUCUUGUGGAAAUACACGCCAUCUACGAAUCCCUGAGCACAGUGUCGGAAGAAGACACAGAAUCAAACAUGGACAUGGGCGACCAAUCAAUCCCAGAGAAGAUUAUCUUCACGCAGAGAGCGAACGAAAGCGGCGACUGUGCUUACGAGAUUGCAAUUGUCCAUGAUGUGAGCGACCGGAAGUCGUCUGCUGUCCUCCACCACACCAUUAACUGUCACGCAGAGAAUGACAAGUAUUGCCCUGAUUUGAUUGACGUCACAGUCGUCAGUUUGGGAGGUGAACCAAAUAAGAUUUUAAUCAUAGCAGAUUUCACCAACAGAAACCUCAAAUCCUAUUAUACAUCAAAGGGGAAUCUUCAUAAAAGAUGUCUGAUGCUUUCAGAGAGACCAUGGCAAAUAGCAACGGUUGAGAGAAAUCUUAUAGCAGUCAGAGUUCCAGAUAGUAAGGAAAUAGUAACUGUGCAGCUCACGCCGGACCCCGUCUUGCUUUCAACCAUCAGGACAAAGAGGGAGUACUUCGCAUUAGCGUCUCCAGGUCCCUUUAAGCUUCUGGCUGGAACAUUUAAAUCCUCCAACUCUGUUGACCUCCUGGACAUGGAGGGGAACGUACUGAAAUCCAUCAACACAGGCUCAAUACUCAGCCCAGAUUAUAUCCAAAUUACUGACCAGGGGAACAUUCUCGUUGGCCAGGGAGAUGUGAAUUCAUUUGUCUCGGUGACCAGUGAUGGAGAAGUCCGGUAUUGUUACUCCCCGACCGGAGGAAGAACCUUAAGAUGUCCUCGAGGUUUCACAACAUCCAGCACAGGAGAUGUGCUACUUGUCGACCGGGAUUAUCAGAAGGUGAUUCAACUGACUAAGUCAGGGCGGUUUGUCAGAGAUGUGCUCACAGAAGGUCUGGAACAACCGCGAGGCCUCUGUCUGGACGAUGACGGCCUGAUAUACCUCGACGACACAUACCUCGCUAAAGAUGUCUACGACAUCAGCAUGAGCCCCUCUCUGAUGGACUGCGUUGCAAGAUGUUACGCUCACUCCAAGUGUCAGUCAGUUGGAUUUGAACCAGAAACCCUGAAGUGUCAUCGUCACACGCAGAACAGUACCCUCGCCCCUAAUGACCUCGGCGUUCUCCCCGGAUGGGUACAUAGUGACAAGGACGCUUGGCCAGAGGCGGAUGACAAGGACAAGCUAAUGACUAGCUCACAUGAGUCAGAAUAUUUACCGAUCGACGAAUUCAAGGCCAAACAGAACUGCACAUUUGUGAGAAAAUUGACAGUAUUCGUAGCGUCCUAA